AUGAACUCUGGCACAUCAAGUGGAGGGCUGAAGGGCGCCACGAAAACGAGCGAGGCUAUCAGGUACAACGUCCAGUUGCCGAACUUGUUCAAGUUCGCGUACUACACUCUCACCGAAGAUGUACCGGAUGACAUCCUCGAGCCGGUCAUCUUUGCCCUAAGCAUGUUCAUCCGCGAGAUCGAAGAGGAGUCGGACGAGCAACUUCGUGCGAUCGGACAUCUACUACCUCAUCAGAAAGACAAAGCUACCAUCUUUGCUGUCAAGUACAUUUUGCUCGCGAACGCGCGUAUGAAGAUCUGCAAUCAUCUCAUGAAUCCGAAGGUUAACAGGCCAGAGGAGACGAUUCCUCAUUUGAAGAAGGCUAUCGAGCACGAUGCACAGCGCAUGAAGACGAAGAACGAGCGGGGCAAAGGAUGGGAGGUCAACCCACCUCUCUGGGCCCGCUAUGGCGAUGCACUCUUCCUUACCGGGGAGUACAAGGAAGCUAAGACCGUCUUCGAGCGCGUACUUCAGGGCACGAACGUCCAAGUCGACAACCCAGCCGUCGCAGAGCCCAUCGUGAAAGCGCAUAUGAACUUGGCGUUCAUUCUCCAAGAGCUUGGCGUCGAACCCGAUAAGCAGAAAGAGCACACCGACUGGGCGACGAACUUCAUCCGCAAGCACCUCACGGCUCUAACAAAAGACGUCCUCGAGCUCUUCCUCCUGCCCUCAUCUGGGCGUUCUCAUCCUGUCUUCAAAGCUCUAGGCGGCCGAACGUGGUUAGAUAAACUCGAGACACGGAAACGUGUGCCGUUGAAGGAGGACGAGAGACGGUCGAAGAUCUGUAGGCAGUGCGGGAUCAGGGAUAUGCAGAAGGAUCUGUUCAGGUGUUCGAAGUGCCAACACAUCUACUACUGCUCGAAAGAGUGUCAGAAGGCGAACUGGAAGCUGCACAAGGAGAUGUGCAACGACAUGUACAAGUCCAGGAUGCGCACUGAGAAGCUCAAAGCCGAAGACCCGUCCGGACUGAAGGCCAAGAGACAUGAAGAUUGGAUCGCGUGGCGGAACGCGCCGAAGUCCGAGUUCAUGUUCGCAGAAGCACACGCCCUCGGUCUCCACCGUGACCCUUCCCGCUCACGAACGCACAUCAUGGUCCACUUCUGCGAAUACACCCCUUCUGUCUCGAACGAUCUGCGCUACAAGUUCCGCUGCGCACACAGCGGCGUGUUCAAAGUAUCAGAGAUCGCGCCAGCCAUCGAGGCAAUCAUGGGCCUUGACCCCGGAGAGGCGCCAUCGUUCGUAGAUGAGGCGUGGAUGGAGGCCAAUCUGUCGAGCGGGACGGCUGAGCUUGCGCCUGGCACGUUCCUGCCGAUCAUGGAGCUGCUUAUGGGAGAUGGGCUGGAGACUUGGUUAGGCACAGGAGGGAUGGCUGCAACGAUGUUGCGCACCAGACCGUACAACCCUGAGUGGCGCAAGGUUCUGAACAAGGGAGAUUCGCCUGAACCCGUCCGCUUCCGCCCGCCAUUCGACAAGUUCAAGGAUGCCGAAUACGUCUUUGAUUGA